AUGUCAGACGGUGAAGAUGAUUUUAUGUGUGAGGAAGAAGAAGAUUAUGGUCUUGUGAGUAUUUGUAUUCUUAAAAAGCAAGUGUUAAUGUACGAGGAGGUAUUUAAGAGAUUGGUUAGAAUUUUAAUCUUGAUGUAUAUGAAAUUUAAAAAUAGUUUUAGAGAUAUUAAAAUGUUAAAAUAACAGCAAUGUUAAAAUAACAGCAAACAAAGUUGUCUUAGAUGUCUGCUAGCAAUAAUUCGAAGUUAUAUGAUAGUUUGUAUUUUCUUAGGUUAUGCUGAUGCCUUUAAGAUGACACUUUCUGUUUCUUUGCUUAGAUGUGAUAACAUAUUGUUUUGAAUAUCAAUUUCAAUGUGAUAUUAUUUUUGUAAUAAUUUUAGGAAUACUCUGAAGAUUCAAAUUCAGAACCUGAUGUUGAUUUAGAAAAUCAAUAUUAUAAUAGUAAAGCUUUAAAAGAAGAUGAUCCAAAGGCGGCUCUACAAAGUUUUCAAAAAGUUUUGGAUUUGGAGGGAGGAGAAAAGGGUGAAUGGGGCUUCAAGGCGUUGAAACAAAUGAUAAAAAUUAAUUUUAAAUUGGGUAAUUAUAAGGAAAUGAUGGCAAGAUAUAAGCAAUUAUUAACUUAUAUUAAAAGUGCAGUUACCAGAAACCAUUCAGAAAAGUCAAUAAAUUCCAUAUUAGAUUAUAUUAGUACCUCAAAGAAUAUGGAAUUGUUACAAGAUUUUUAUGAAACUACUUUAGAUGCGUUGAAGGAUGCCAAAAAUGAUAGGUUAUGGUUUAAAACUAAUACAAAAUUGGGAAAGUUAUACUUUGAUCGAUCAGAUUUUAAUAAAUUAGCGAAGAUACUAAAACAACUCCAUCAAAGUUGUCAGACUGAUGAUGGAGAGGAUGAUUUGAAAAAAGGGACACAACUUUUGGAAAUUUAUGCAUUAGAAAUACAAAUGUACACUGCGCAAAAAAAUAACAAGAAAUUAAAAACUUUAUAUGAACAGAGUUUACAUAUUAAAAGUGCUAUACCACAUCCAUUAAUAAUGGGAGUCAUUAGAGAAUGUGGAGGAAAAAUGCAUUUAAGAGAAGGUGAAUUUGAAAGAGCACACACUGAUUUCUUUGAAGCUUUUAAAAAUUAUGAUGAGUCUGGAUCACCAAGACGUACUACAUGUCUGAAAUAUUUAGUUUUAGCAAAUAUGCUUAUGAAAUCUGGUAUCAAUCCAUUUGACUCUCAGGAAGCAAAACCAUAUAAAAAUGAUCCAGAGAUCUUGGCAAUGACAAAUUUAGUAGUCAGUUAUCAAAAUAAUGAUAUUAAUCAAUUUGAAUUAAUUUUAAAACAAAACAGGAAUAACAUAAUGGAUGAUCCUUUUAUAAGAGAACACAUCGAAGAUUUAUUACGUAAUAUACGCACACAGGUUUUAAUUAAAUUAAUUAAGCCGUACACUAGAAUUUAUAUCCCUUUUAUAAGCAAAGAGUUAAAUAUCGAUGUGUCAGAAGUCGAAAGUCUUUUAGUGUCUUGUAUUCUGGAUAGUACUAUUCGUGGUCGUAUUGAUCAGGUGAACCAAGUGCUUGAAUUGGAUAAAAAAUCAGUAUGUGCAGCACGUUAUAAUGCUCUUGAUAAGUGGACGGGUCAAUUGCAUUCUUUGCAUUUAACUAUAGUAAAUAAGAUGUCGUAG